AGCGAUUUAAAACUUUCUAUUCAUGAUGUUUUGUUUUAAAAUAUGGUUUACUUUUGUCUGUGCUUUUUCAUAUGUGAAAGGUACACCAUUUUCAUCUCGUAUUAUUAAUGGUACGGUAUCAGAAGAAUCUCAUCCAUGGGUAGCUAGAAUAGUAGUCAAGGACGAAAAUACGCCGAAAGGUAGAGCUAUAAGUACCGAUUGUGGAGGUAGUUUAAUUGAUCCAAAAUGGGUUAUAACAGCAAAACAUUGUUUAUUGGAUAAUAAUACAAAAGAAUAUAGUGACAAAUAUGAAGUGAGCGUGGGCAACAAUGACUGGACUCGUGGACAAUUCAUAACAGUUUUAGAACAUUUCUUAUAUUCUAAAGAAAAUCAUAUAGAUGACGAUAUAGCUUUGUUGCUCUUAGAAAAAGAACCUACAAAUGUUGAACCAAUUCCAAUGCUACUUGACGAUGAUAUAAAUUAUGGUGGCAAGUAUGCAACUCUUUAUGGAUGGGGUCGUACAGAUCCAAAAGUAGAUUCGGUAGAGACUAUCCUAAGACAAACUCAAGUUAAGUUGAAAGACAAGGAUGAAUGCCCAAAAGAUGUUCUAUGCUUCGAUCCAACUGAAACUAGCACAAACUCAUGCGUAGGUGACAGCGGUGGACCAAUGACCAUGGACAUUAAAGGAAAUGAAACUCUUUGUGGAAUGGCUCAUGUUGGAGAAGAAGUAAACGGGGUCGGAUGUUCAGGAACCUAUAGUUCUUACACGAAGUCAUUCUAUAAACCAUAUGCUGAAUGGAUAAAAAAAACUAUGUCAGAAAACAAAGGACGAUAACGAUGACGAUGAUUGGCAACGAAGCAUUUAUAUCUGAAAACGGGAUUCAAAUUGAUUGAUAUGCAUGAAAUAACGAAUUUGUAAUUUAUGUAAUAUUUUUCAAUAUAAUAAAUUAAGGGCACAUUACUCUUU